UUAAGGGGUCUCUCUUCCUUUCAGUCUUUUCCUUUUAACACCACACCAUCCCACCCAUUUUCUCCUCCUAAGCCAAUCCCAAUAUCGAAUCAAAUCAAUCCCUGUCUCUCUCUCUCUCUCUCUCUCUCUCUCUCUCUCUCUCUAUUUUCCUAAAAAAAACUAUCUUCAUAUAUAACACCACAGCCCAGAAAUCGAGAAAGAAACCUCUCUCCUUCUUUCAUUGUUUUGUUCAUCAACAACAGCGGCUGCUGAUUCUGAUCUUUUGAACAUGUUCCUGAGGUUUUGCUAAAGAAAAAUCUUCCUUCAUUUCUAGAGAAUCCCAGCAAAACACACGAAGCUAAGCCCAAAGCAAAGAGUUUGCCAUAGAAGGAAAACGGAAGUUGUUCUUUUUGAGAAUUUGAAUGGGUUUUUGAGGUCUCGCCGGUGAUCCGUUUGUGUUUUCAAAGUUCCCCAAAAAUAGAACGACGUGAUGAUGGCGGUGACCUCAUCCUGCAAAGAAGGGAACAAGAUAGCAAUGGAUAAUGGCAAGUAUGUGAGGUACACGCCCGAGCAAGUAGAAGCUUUAGAACGCCUCUACCAUGACUGCCCUAAGCCUAGCUCCAUGCGUCGCCAACAGCUCAUUCGUGAGUGUCCCAUUCUCUCCAACAUCGAGCCCAAACAGAUCAAAGUUUGGUUCCAGAAUCGCAGAUGUAGAGAAAAACAACGGAAAGAGGCGACUCGCCUCCAAGCUGUGAACAGGAAGUUGACAGCUAUGAAUAAACUGUUAAUGGAGGAGAAUGAUAGGUUACAAAAGCAAGUUUCACACCUUGUUUAUGAAAAUAGCUAUUUCCGCCAACAUACUCAUAAUGCGACCGUAGCCACCACAGAUACAAGCUGUGAAUCAGUGGUGACGAGUGGCCAACACCAUUUGACUCCUCAACAUCCUCCAAGGGAUGCCAGCCCUGCAGGACUUUUGUCCAUUGCAGAGGAAACUUUAACAGAGUUUCUUUCAAAGGCUACUGGAACUGCUGUGGAGUGGGUCCAAAUGCCUGGGAUGAAGCCUGGUCCGGAUUCCAUUGGAAUCGUUGCUAUUUCUCAUGGUUGCCCUGGAGUGGCAGCACGUGCAUGCGGACUUGUGGGACUAGAUCCUACUAGAGUCGCUGAAAUCCUUAAAGAUUGGCCUUCAUGGUGCCGUGAUUGCCGAUCUCUGGAUGUUAUAAACGUGUUGUCCACUGGAAAUGGUGGGACCAUUGAACUUCUUUAUAUGCAGCUCUAUGCGCCAACAACAUUGGCACCAGCUCGUGACUUUUGGUUGCUGCGCUACACAUCUGUUUUGGAGGAUGGUAGUCUUGUGGUAUGUGAAAGAUCACUUAACAACACCCAGAAUGGUCCGACUAUGCCUCCAGCGGCAAAUUUUGUGAGAGCAGAAAUGCUACCUAGUGGUUAUCUGAUUAGACCUUGUGAAGGGGGUGGAUCCAUCAUUCACGUCGUUGAUCACAUGGAUUUGGAGCCUUGGAGUGUUCCUGAAGUGUUGCGGCCCCUUUAUGAGUCCUCAACGUUACUUGCGCAGAAGACAACUAUGGCGGCUUUGCAUCAUUUGAGGCAGAUUUCUCAAGAAAUAUCUCAGCCAAAUGUUACUGGUUGGGGGAGAAGACCUGCAGCUCUACGAGCGGUUAGUCAGAAAUUGAGCAAGGGCUUUAAUGAGGCUGUUAAUGGAUUUACUGAUGAAGGAUGGUCUAUGUUGGAAAGUGAUGGUGUUGAUGAUGUUACCCUCCUUGUGAACUCAUCUCCUGGCAAGAUGAUGGGCAUAAAUCUUUCCUAUAGUAAUGGAUUUCCUUCAAUGGGCAAUGCGGUUCUAUGUGCCAAAGCUUCCAUGUUAUUGCAGAAUGUGCCUCCAGCAAUACUUCUCAGAUUCUUGCGAGAACAUCGAUCAGAGUGGGCAGACAGUGGUAUUGAUGCUUACUCUGCUGCUGCUGUCAAAGCUGGUCCGUGUAGUUUGCCAGUGUCUCGAGGUGGAAGUUUUGGGGGUCAGGUCAUUCUUCCACUGGCUCACACAAUUGAGCAUGAAGAGUUCAUGGAGGUCAUUAAGCUUGAAAAUAUGUGCCACUAUCAGGAGGACAUGAUCAUGCCCGGUGAUAUCUUCCUCUUGCAGCUUUGUAGUGGAGUUGAUGAGAAUGCAGCCGGCAGCUGUGCUGAACUCAUCUUUGCCCCUAUUGAUGUCUCAUUCUCUGACAAUGCGGCUAUUAUUCCUUCUGGUUUCCGCAUCAUCCCCCUUGAUUCUGGAAUGGAUGCAUCCAGUCCAAAUCGCACACUUGACCUUGCAUCUACUCUUGAAGUUGGAGCUACCAGAAACAGAGCAACUGCUGAUCAUUCUGGUCGAUGUAGGAGCACAAAAUCCGUGAUGACAAUUGCAUUCCAAUUUGUGUAUGAGAUCCACCUGCAAGAAAAUGUGGCAACCAUGGCUCGACAGUAUGUCCGUAGUAUUAUUGCUUCUGUUCAAAGAGUGGCAUUGGCACUCUCUCCCUCCCCCUUUGGCUCUCAUGCUGGUUUCCAGACACCUCCUGGUACUCCUGAAGCACAGACACUUGCUCGUUGGAUUUGUCAGAGCUAUAGGUGCUAUCUGGGGGUGGAGCUGCUGAAACAUGAAGGAAGUGAAUCCAUUCUAAAAAUGCUUUGGCAUCACAUAGACGCAGUUCUCUGCUGCUCUUUGAAGGCACUGCCAGUUUUUACAUUUGCCAAUCAAGCAGGACUCGACAUGCUUGAAACAACUUUGGUAGCACUUCAGGACAUAAGUUUGGAAAAAAUUUUUGAUGGGAAUGGACAAAAGGCCCUAUUUGCAGAGUUCCCACAAGUAAUGCAUCAGGGUUUUAUGUGCCUUCAAGGUGGUAUCUGCUUGUCAAGCAUGGGAAGGCCAGUCUCCUAUGAGAGAGCAGUUGCUUGGAAAGUAGUAAAUGAUGAAGAAAAUGCUCACUGUAUCUGCUUCAUGUUCAUCAACUGGUCUUUUGUAUGAAAAAUUCAAAAAAGAAGAUAGGAUAUAGAUAAACUAGAUUAGAAGAAGCUCCCUUUUCAUGUUUUUAGUUUGGAGAAACCUUUAAGUGAUAUGAUACUGUAACAAGGAUGUUGCAUCAAACGGUAUCUGGGGGCCCCGAUAUUGGUUACCCCUUUUCUUUGUAUUUGCUUCAUGCUUGAUUGAUCAUUAUCGUUGACCCCUUGUACAUUUUCCUCUCUCUUCCAUGUUUCCUUGUUUCUUUGUUUUCAAAAGUUAAUUUAACCAUGGAGUUCUCUUUGCUCUUUUUAACUUAUCAUGUCACAUCACUGUUUGUAUGUGCCAAUGAGAAUAUUGCUAAAGUUCAAAUAUGAUCUUCACAUUGUAGAAUUUCCUGUCUCAUUUGCCCUUGCUUUAUUGGAGGGCUUGUUUUCUCCACCCAGUCAUGGUUGAAUUAUGUGGAUUACUAGCAGUUCACUGUGACCCCCUCUAGUCUUCCGUAAUUCCUCCGUUUUUUUUUUCCAGCCACUAAAUCUAUUGAACUGUUGCAACAAAAUCAAACAGCCUAUGACACUACCACUCUCGUAAUGCAAAAAGACCUAACUCAAGUCAUUUCAUUUCCUCCGCCCUCAAA